AUGCAGCCCUGCGGCCUUGCACCCCACCCCACAACAAUGGAGGAGAUUGAAAGGACCUCCCUGAAGAGACUGUACCCUGAUAGAGUGGACCAGAGCAGUGGUAGCCCACCUCCAAGCAAGCAGGCCAGAUGGGAGGUGCAGCAGAGAGCACUCCUGUACGUGAGAACAGAUUCUGAGGAGGUGUUUGAUGCGCUCAUGCUCAACACCCCAACUCUGAAAGGUCUGAGACAAGUGAUUUCUGAAAUGUAUGGCCUACAAGAGGACACCAUUGGGAAACAUCUACAAGACAUGCAAAAGAGGGAUUUUACGCCAAUAUGGAUAACAACAUAAUUGAACACUACGGCAACCACUCGCCAUUCCUCAUAGAGAUCUCUGAAGUCAUGAGCGGUCAGUUCCAGGUCACUAUCAUGGAGUUUUGA